AAGGCCCGGCUCACCUGCUAAGAGGCACUGGAUACUGGCCAUAUCCUCCCACAACCUCGACACUCCUCUCCUCGCGUGCCCUUCAUCUGCAUCCUCUCCUCCUUUGUGCCGGAUUGUCCCCUUUCCCUCUCUCUCUCUUUGCAGCCCCAUGAUGCAGGCUCGCGCGGUGGAUACCCCGAUGAGCGUCCGGGGCCAAGCUGCCCCGUCGGCGAAGCGCUCACCGUCGGCUGACCUCCACGUGCUGGAGCCGACUUCCAAGUGUGGCCGUCUGGCUGCCGACCCGGCAGUCGGCAUGCCCGACGCCCUGCCCAUGCCACUGUGUCUGACAUUUGCCCGGGUGUCGACCGUGCCUCCCGGCACAUCGAUGGAUCAGCUUCGCGGGCACCUGGACCCGGAGGCCUCCGGCUUCUUGGCUAGCCGGGCGACGACUCCCCUGCCCGAGGGUCCGCCAUUGGCCUAUCGUGCGGCCCUGCUCCAACACCUGACCGAUUAUCUCUUCACCAGCAAUGAUCUCGCCUCGCGGACUUCACCCGGAGCCGCCUUCUGGAAGGUUGAGAGCGACACCUGGCUGCUCCUGAAUCUGGUUGCCCGUGCGACUCCGCAGGAGCUCGGCUCUGCAUCUGCCCUCACCAAGCUGCUGCGGCUGUGGGUCGAGGAGUCGACCCCUCGUCGCCCGAGCCCCGUCUCUCCCCGGCUGCCUGCGACUCGGGGCUCUACCCCGGCUCGACCGAGCUCCCAGCAUCCGGUGGAGACCUCCAAGCAGACCCCCUCGCAGGACGCCGCGGCUGUUGAUCAUGUCUUGCACCUCCUUCGCCGAGGCCAAUUGAAGGAGGCCCUGCAGCCCAGCGGCCCUGGCGGUGUUUGGCUGUCACCCUUCCUUCGAUCCCUGGCCCAGGGUGCCCUUUCGGCUGAUGACCCCCUUUUUGCCAACCGCACCCUCUGGAAGCGCACCUGCCUCGGGGCGGCCCUCGGGGCGGAUAUUCCCCUUGGCGAGCGGGCUCUGCUGGGCGCGCUGGCCGGAAAGCCCCUGCUCUUUGCACAUGCAUUCCACCCCGGGCUACCAGGUCCACCAGGUGUCGCGGCCCCCGGCCCCGGGGGCUCGUCCCCUCCCGGAAGCCCGCUGGUUGGGGCCCUCGCUGAUCCGACUGAUACAGCAGUCUUCCGGGCAGCGGCCGCCGCGGCAUCUGAAGCCCUAGACCGACGCUGGGAGGACCUUUUUUGGAUGCACUGUCUGACGCAGGAUGAGCGCCUGGCCGAUGAGGCGCAUCAGCAUCGUGGUCGGUUCUCAGCCGCCCUCGGCCUGAAUCCCCUCUGCGGCCUGGGCCACUUGCUGGCGGUCGCCGAACAGGAGCCCGGCAUCCAAGACGAGGCCGGCUCUCUGGCCUCCCAGGCCCCAGAUGCCCUGGUGAUGGAUUUGUUCGCAGACGCCGGGAUUGUCGAUCCGCUGGAUCCGGCCUCCUCGGCCGGGUGCUCGUUGCCCCGGCUGUGGCGCCUGCUGCAGCGAGACAUUGCCCUCCAGCGCCCUUGGCAGGCCCUUGACCGGUGCUUCCACUUCCUCCAGGCUCAAGUGCCCGGGGGGUUGCUUCAAUUGAUCGGCAAGGACUCGAAUGCCCUCCGCCCCUUGGUGCCAUUUGUCCAGGUGCUGCGCUUUGCCACGCACCUGGGUCUGGCCCUGGCCGAGGACUCGGUCGUCGGUGUGCCGACGCCUGCCCGGCAGCAUACUGUCGAUACUCUGGCCUGCCUAUAUGGCAUCCUGUUGGCAUGCACCCAGAUGCCCGGUGCUCUGGCUUUCUCUUUGGCCAGUGACCUCCCGGCUGACGACCUCCCGAACCAAUGGCUGGCCGCUCCGGUGUAUCUGUCCUCAUUGGCCCUGGCCGAGUCCACUUUCGGGCAUCUUUUGGCCGUCCACUUUGCCGGCUGCCCGGACUUGAGUCACAUUCCGGCUGGUCGGGCGCGUGUGCGGGCUCUCAUGGCCUCCCUCCCUGAGCGCCACCCGACCGUGUUGACGGAUGCCCCGCUCGAUGACCUGGCCUCGGCCGAAGCGGCGCUACUCUGGUCGCUGAUCCGGCUGCCGACGGGCUUGACUCCGACGGCACUGGACCAGCUGGCCAUUGCCCUCCCGCCGGCCGAGUCGCCGGGCUCGGAGGUGGUUGGUGCGGCCUUGCGCGGUCGGCUCGAUGCCGCGGCGAUGCUGGGCCUGCCCGCCCCCCCCGAUGACCCGAUGGACAUUGACACCGGGCUGGCUGAUGGGUCCCUUGCGGACGAGCUGGACCGGAUCCCGGAGGAUGCGCAUCUGGUACACUGGCGCCAAGUGCGCCGUGCGCUGCUGCUCGGAUCGCCGGCUGACCAGGAUUGGCUGCGCGCGGUCAAUACCCUCACUUGGCUGGUGCACCUGCUCCCGGUGCCUGGGAUCCUCGCCCGUCGGGUGGAAUCCGGCCGCCAAUUGGCUGCCGGGGUGGUUGACGAACAUUUGGCCUCGCUGGCCGGCUCCGAUGCCGAUGCCGGUGCUGGUGCUGGCGGCGCCGCUCGCCCGUACCUGAGCAUGCUGUCGCAUGCGGGGCUGCUGCUGCGUCGCGCCCUGGCCGCCGGGCGCCUGGAUGCCGUGCGCGCGGUGUUGGCUGGCCCUGGCGCCCGCGGUCUUCUUGCUGACAUGGCCGGAUCGGCGGCGGACCUGGGCACCGGGGGACCGGCGGCCGGGGCCCCGGGCGCCGCAUCUGUUCGCCUCGCUGGGGCUCUGUGCACGGCCUUCGAGGCUGCGGCUCAGGCCCUCGCCUUGGCCAGCCCCUCGAUCAUGGAUUCGGCCUCGGCGGCUGGCGAUCAUGCCGGGGCGCUUGCCACUGCGCGUCGGCUCCUGGUGGAUCUGUCCCAGUCACUGGGGCAGGCUCGCCUGGAGGACCUGGCCAACGAGGCGGACGUCCUGCCCAGCGAUGGUCCUGCCCCCAUGGGCGCUGCCGAUGCCGUGGGCGUCCCUCUGCCGGUGGUCUGCUCGCUGUUGGCCGCAGCGACUCCGGCCGCCCCAGCCGACUCAAAUCAGGAGCGUGCCGAGCUGGCUCUCCUCCGAUCGGCCUACCUGCCGGUGGUGGCUUUGUGGGUGGCCCGAUUGGAUGCUCGGGCACUGGCCUCGGCCGGGAGCCUUGCUGCCCCGGCAACUGGCGAUGACACCGCCACUGCCUGGGUCCUUCGUCCGGAGGGCACCAAGUCCAUCAUUUUCGGGCUCGGCCCAGAUUUGACGUCCAGUCAGGCCACCGAGGCGACGACCCCGGAGGCCAAGCGGGCCGAGAGCUGGUUGCAGAUCGCCGGGUCCGAUCCAACUCUGGCGCCGCAUCCGCUUUUCCCCUCUGGCCUCAUGGCAAGCCCUCCCAUGUCGCAGAAGACCGCCUGCGAGCUGAUUGCCCUGGCCCGAAGCUCCCUCCUUCGCAGCAUGGAUACCAGCUCUCGGUAGAGGCCCCAUUCUCCCGCGCUCCCUGUGAAUGUAUUCCCAGCUUUUGUUCCUCCGGGCCCUUGGCUUUCUCUCUUUCUCCCCCCCC